AUGGCCUCGACUGCUCACAAACCUCACUCGGGGUUUAUGUUUCCAAAACUGCCCACAUUGCCUCGGGUUCCAUCGUCUUCGUCCAGUGACCAGCUUAACACACUAGACUAUCCUAAUUCUAGUAAAGCACAUAUUGAUCGCAGCGACAGCAAUAUUACACUUUUGAAUUCAGAUCCUGACCCAUACCCUGUACUUGAUGAAAGUAUGCAUCCCAUGUAUGCCAUUCUUGAAGACCCAUCCACACCACAUGAGGCAAAGGUUGAAGGACUUCCUCAUCAUAUCAUUAUUCAACAGCAACACGUAAAAGAAUACCAAGAGUUGUAUCAGGAAUACGAAUCAGAGCUUGAUUCAAUUCUGUUGCUCCCCCAUGUACAACAGCAGCAGCAGCUUCAGCGUCAUCAAGAGAUGUUGGAUGAUCCAGUGUUUCUUCAAAACCACCAAUACCUAAUACAGAAUCGUCAAUCCCGUGUACUUCAACACAAGCCUGUCUUUUUCCGUUCUCAGAUACAAUUAAAACGUGGUGGGUCCGAAUCCGAUCUAUCACUUGGUACUACAGCUGAUUCUGAUACGCACACAAUGAGUACUGCUUCAAAGUUGAUCUCCAAGGCUCAUCGCAUGCUAGGGAUUGAUAAAAAUCUUGCCUUGACUUCUUUAACCCCUGAAUUUGUUGACCAGUCCCCAGAACCGCUUGCAUCAGCAAGUACUGGCUCACCAUCUUUGCAGCCCAAACUUUCACAAAGUAGCCAUAAUAGCCAGGAUUAUCGAAAAAACACACGCAAUACUUUGGAGCUCUGUCCUACUCUAGACAACAUCAAUCCACAUCCAGAUACUACUAAACAAAUCUAUCGUCAAUAUGCUAAAUCGUCAAUCGAGCUUUCUCGCCCCUUGAGUCUCGAUUGUAAAACAGAUGCGACUGAUUCUUUAAAUUCCAAUCUUUGCAAAUCAAAACUAGCAACCACAGAACAGUCGGAAAAGAAAUCGAAAAAACAGGCUAAAGUCUUGAAGUUGCUUAAUAUCGGUUUAAAAGAACAUACCGAUACAUCACCCAGAAAAACAAAUAGGACUCCAAAUACUCCAACUUAUACUAGUAAUGUUGCUCGAGAUGUCAACAUUGACUCUAGUAUCGGUCGAGGUAAUGCUCUUUGGUCAAUCAAUACAUUGGGAUCUGCUCGUGAUAACACGUUUCCCUUUAACGGAUUUGGCUUGACAAAUGCCGAUUCUCACUCACCAGCUUCUGCAAAUCGUCCCCUUGUAUUACCUAUAAUUGAAUAUGAAAAGCUAAAGAAUCGGGGAUCUUUGAAUACCGCUUCUGUUGAAAGUGUUUGCUCAGGUGAUACACGGGUGAAUCCAACAAUAUCAACAAGCAGAAAAUCGAUGUCCAUAUCAAGCACAACUGACAAUUUGUCAGCUACCGAGUCGAAUUCUCAUAAAAACUUGUUUACAUUUAUAAAGGGGCUAAAAUAUAUGCGUCGAAAGCUGGGUAAAUCGAGCUCCCUUAAACAUAGCCAGCAGGUGCUCGAAAAUAACCGACAUUUGACGGAAACUCCUGAAACUGAAAGCGGCUCAUUUUCGAUGGGUUCCGUACCCUGCGACUCACGAUCUAGAUACAGUUGGUCGGAUUCUGCAUCUCGCCUUUCGUUUCCUACAAAAUCUCGUUUUGCACAGCAAUCGAGCGAUCAAACUCUGGAUUCUGACCGUCAUAUGAGCCUUGGUCUUAUGGAAAAUCCUGAAUUGCUGGCCUAUCUUCAACAAAUCGGUGGCUCAACCAACUCUUUGGACUCGAUUGCCUCGGAUCCGCAACAGGACGGCGCUCGGCGUAUGAUGCUAGAUCAUUUUCAUCGUUCAUCUGAAUCUACAGGUUUAAACGAGCAUCAUUUUAAAAAGCACUCUGGAUCCUCAAAUUCCAUUGCUACUGCCGUUGGUGAAAGCGUGGAUUCUACUGAGAUACUGGAUGAGGGCAAUGAGAACCAGCUACAUCUUGACAUUGGUCUUGCUAGACAAACUAUACCAACUGGUACCAGCGAAUGCAGUAACUUUUCGCCGGUAUAUAGUGACCUGGACUACAUAGAUCCCAAUUUCAGUACCUCCUUGAUGGACGGCCUAUCCAAAAAUCAGUCAAAAGACUCGUUGUCAUUGCAUACCGAAAUCAAACUGCAAGAAGGAAAAGUCAAAAGCCGCCCCACUUCGCUGGCUGUUGAUGAUGUUUUGCAAGCACUUUACAAGUCUAGCAUAUGCAACUUUGACGAGCAUCAACCAUCUUUUCAUUUUGAGGGUCUUCCAUUUGACUGUAGCAACGAUCAGCUAGCAUUUGUCAAGUUGACUCCCGAGCUCAUCUGCAAGGAAACUGUUGCAUCGAUUUCAAAGAGAGAACGAAUUUUAUCUGGGUAUCUACACAAACUCGGCUCAUCACACGAGAUUUCCAAAAGUCAGCUUUAUUUUAUCCUUUCUUCAGAGUAUUUGCACGCAUUUCAAUCGCAGGAUGCUACUGAGCCUUUGCUCGAAUACCUUCAUCUAACUGUUACCUCGGCAGUAGUUCCAAUAGAAGUUGGUAGCCCAUCUGAAAAGUUUGUGCUUCAUAUCAAGGGAGCAGGAUCGAGUGGAGAUAAUCAAGAUGAAAUGUGGUAUCUGCAAUGCAAGGACAAGGCAGACAUGCUCGUAUGGCUGCAUGCACUAAAAAGCGUCAUUUCUCGAGAAAAAUACUUUACUGCAGCAUUACCACCCACACCGGUUCUUAAUCGAACGAACUCGGCUCCCGCUUGCUCUUCUAAAAGAUCAAAAACUCCCGAGUUUGCGACUAAGCCUAUAUCCAAGAGUCUAUCGCCACAAACCAUUAACACUGUCGAUGGAAAUUUGGUUCGUUCAGAUAUGUCAAACACACAAAGACUGUCUUUUUCAGAACACGCCAAAGGUGUGUACCGUACUGCUCAAAUCCAAGUAGCCAUGUCGACGCUGCCCGAUCUGCACGAGCACCAGAGUCAAGAAGAAUCCCCUAUUGAUGAUUAUAUUGAAUUUCCCAUCACUGCUCGCUGCUCCAGACUAAACAUGACUCUGUCUGCCUCCACUCCAAAUCUAUCGGAACAUGAAACUAACGACAAGAGUAAAACAGCUCCAUUCACUCCAGAAAUGGUCAGGGAGCUUCGUCGAUCCAUGUCCGGCUUAAAAGCUUCCGAUAGUUUGGCCUUGGCUAGAAUGCUUAAAAAUGGUUCUUCUAACAUUGACAGCAUCAGCCAAAGACCGAGAAGACCUCGUCCACAAUCCACCUCUUCUAUUUCAUCUGCAUUGGCUAUGCUAGACGCUAUCGAGGCAAGAGAGAGAAAGGCUGGGGCUUUUGGAAAGAAAUAA